AUGUUCCUCUCUCAACUAUUAACUGACCUCAACCAGUCUCUCUUCUUUCCAUUACUACUAGCACUAACCGUCAUCCUAUUUAUACUUUGGGUGAUUAAGAUUUAUAUCAUCAAUGGACGUUCAGUGCAUCCAAACCUUCUUCAAUCUUGUCACAUGACUAACAAGAUUUGCAUCAUCACUGGUGCGUCGGUUGGAGCUCUAGGAUACGAAGCUGCCAAGCAAUUGGCCAAACUAGGUGCCACUGUUGUAUUAAUCGUGUAUAACAUGCAAAUUGGAAAUGAUGUAACGGCCAAGCUUAAAGAUGAACUUGGAGAAGUAAAAGUUGAAUAUCUAGUGGCAGAUUUGAGUGAAUUGGAACAAGUACGACAAGUGGCAUGCAAAAUCAGAAGCAAGUUUGGUCGAGUGGAUAUUUUGAUUAAUUGUGCUGCAACCAUGAUGUGUCCUCAUGCAUUGACUCGAGAUGGAAUUGAAAUUCAAUUUGCAGUGAAUUACUUGUCUCACUUUUUACUAACCAUGUUAUUGAAAGAUCUUGUCAUGAAAUGUCAAGGACGUGUCAUUAAUUUUUCAUCCAAUGCUUUCAAAUAUUUGAACCAAAGUGAAAAUGAUUUAUUUUGUUCCUUUACAGAAGCAUCAGUCCGAGACAACGGUCGAGAUGUGGCUUCCCCAUUUUCACAUUAUGCGCGUUCCAAGCUUGCCAUUCAACUCUCAACGAAACAUCUUUCACAAAUGAAAUUUACUGAAAAUGGAAACUCUCUCAAUAUUUAUAGUUUACAUCCAGGAGCCACUCGAACGACCUUUGUACUUCCUUUUAUUAAGAAUCAUCCCUUCAUUCACAAGUAUGUGUAUGGUCCCUUAUCGUAUUAUUUUAUGAGAUCACCAUUUCAAGGAAUUCAAACUUGUUUACAUUUAACAUUGAGUCCACUAGAAGAAUUAGAAAAUGGAGAAUUUUAUGUGGAUUGUCAAGUGGAGAAGAAGGAACAGCCACACUGUGAAAAGAAGGUCCAAAAACAGUUGUUUGAGACGAGUAUGAAUUUGUGUUCUUCCAUUCUACAGGUUGUGUAA